UGCUCAACUGAAGAUGGCUUGUGCCCGCCCUGGGGUGCAGCCCCGUGCCUGAGAUCCUUACAAUGGUGAUGGUCCUGAGAAACAGCCUUGACAAGCAGGGAGUGGACGCUGCUGCGUGCAGGACCUUGAACCCUGAACUGCACACGCCAAAGAAGAUGAGUCAAGGACCUACCCUUUUCUCUUGUGGAAUUAUGGAAAAUGACAGAUGGCGAGACCUGGAUAGGAAAUGCCCUCUUCAGAUUGACCAGUCGAGCGCCAGCAUCUGGGAGUGCCUGCCUGAAAAGUGUCAGGAUGGUUCCCUGUGGCACCGCGAGGCAGUGACCACCUGCGCUGUGACCAGCCUCAUCAAAGACCUCAGCAUCAGCGACCACAGCGGGAACCCCUCCGCGCCCCCCAGCAAGCGCCAGUGCCGGUCACUGUCCUUCUCUGAUGAGAUGUCCAGCUGCCGGACGUCAUGGCGGCCCUUGGGGUCCAAAGUCUGGACUCCUGUGGAAAAGCGGCGAUGCUACAGUGGGGGCAGCGUCCAGCGUUAUUCCAACGGCAUGGGCACCAUGCAGAGAAGCUCCAGCUUUAGCCUUCCUGCCCGGGCCAAUGGGCUGUCCUCUCCCUGCCACCAGGCAGGACUCUACCACCGCUUUGGGGGGCCACCCUGCCAGGGGGCUCCGGGCUCGGGCCCCUGUGGGCAGGCUGCUGACAACUGGAGCCCUGACACGUGCUCUGGGGGAGGGGGCCGGCUGGACUUGCAGCGGUCCCUCUCCUGCUCACACGAGCAGUUUUGCUUUGCGGAGUACUGCCCACCCUCAGCUAGCAGCACACCUGCCUCCACACCGGAGCUGGCCAGACGCUCCAGUGGCCUGGCCCGUAGCCGCUCCCAGCCAUGUGUCCUGAAUGACAAGAAGAUAGGCGUGAAGCGGCGGCGCCCUGAGGAUGUGCAGGAGCAGAGGCCUUCCCUAGACCUCGCCAAGAUGGCCCAGAACGGACACACCUUCAGCAGCCUCAGCUGUCUGAGUGGGGCCAUGGACGACAGUGGCCCCCGAGCCUGGGCCGCCCUCCUGGCAGCCUCUGGCCCAGGAGGUAGGACCCCUGCUGGCACACCCGUGCCCUCCUCCUCGGAUGACCCCCUUGCCUGCCAGGAGGAGUUGCUCUGUGAGGAGUCGGACAGCUGCGCCUUGGACGAGGAUGGCAGCAGGAGGCUGGAGCCGGCCCCGGGCUGGCGGGACCGUGGGGCUGCCGGGAAGGGCCUCUGCUCGCUGGACGGCGAGCUGGACAUUGAGCAGAUUGAGAACAACUAAGGGGCCUGGGCUCUGGGCGUGCCAGGCGCAGCACGGCCUGCAGGCUCCCAGUGCCCAGCAGCUGGCCUGGCUAUGCCACCGGCAGAACGUCUGCUCUCAGCAGCUCGAGUGUGUCGGCGUCCGGGUCCCUGGAACUACUGUAGCCCUUCGAGCAGCUUUGUGGGUGGGGUCCCUGCCCCUCGUCCUCAUGGCUGUGGGGCAGAGCCGGGCACCGCCCGCCUCCUGCUAGGGGUGCUGUAGGCAGGCCCUGCUUGGCCACGCUCAGGUCCGCCGCGGGGACACCACCUUCAGCCCCCUUCCCUCAGUCUGUGCUGUG